GCCCCACGCAGGCCACCGGGCGCUCGGCCCCCUCCUUCCCGCUCGCCUCGCGCUCCCCGCUCUCGCGCUCUCCGAGGCAAGCGCGCUCCCGGCCCGCGCGCUCCGGGCUCCGGCUUCUCCCGGCUCCUGUCAGUGCGGUGACUGCGCUGGGAAACAUGGCGACCGAGGGAAUGAUCCUCACCAACCACGACCAUCAAAUCCGUGUCGGAGUCCUCACAGUGAGUGAUAGCUGCUUCAGAAAUCUUGCAGAAGACCGCAGUGGGAUAAAUCUUAAAGAUCUUGUCCAAGAUCCUUCAUUGUUGGGUGGGACUAUAUCAGCAUACAAGAUAGUACCAGAUGAAAUAGAAGAAAUCAAGGAAACUCUGAUAGACUGGUGUGAUGAGAAGGAACUUAAUUUGAUACUAACAACUGGAGGAACAGGGUUUGCACCGCGAGAUGUCACUCCAGAGAAAUUCCCACCAUUCCCAUUUUGUGGGCUCCAGAAAGGGGCCACAAAAGAAGUAAUAGAACGGGAAGCACCAGGGAUGGCCCUGGCCAUGCUGAUGGGAUCACUUAAUGUUACACCUCUGGGCAUGCUCUCUAGACCAGUGUGUGGAAUAAGGGGAAAAACUCUGAUAAUUAACCUACCUGGUAGCAAGAAAGGAUCUCAGGAAUGCUUUCAGUUCAUACUGCCAGCUCUACCUCAUGCCAUUGACCUUUUACGUGAUGCCAUUGUAAAAGUAAAGGAGGUGCAUGAUGAACUUGAAGAUUUACCUUCCCCACCACCUCCUCUUUCUCCACCUCCUACAACUAGCCCCCAUAAACAGACAGAAGACAAAGGGGUUCAGUGUGAAGAAGAGGAAGAGGAAAAGAAAGACAGUGGUGUAGCUUCAACAGAAGAUAGUUCCUCAUCACAUAUAACUGCAGCAGCUAUUGCUGCAAAGAAGCAUCCAUUCUACACCAGUCCUGCUGUUUUCAUGGCACAUCAUGGACAGCCCAUCCCUGGUAUCAUCAGUUAUUCCCAUCAUGCAACAGGCAGUGCAGAUAAACGGAUUCCAGAUUCCAUCAUUUCUCGUGGUGUUCAGGUGCUCCCACGAGACACAGCCUCCCUCAGCACUACUCCUUCAGAAUCGCCCCGUGCUCAGGCUACAUCGCGCCUCUCUACAGCUUCUUGUCCCACACCAAAACAAAUUAGACGGCCGGAUGAAAGCAAAGGAGUUGCUAGUAGAGUUGGAUCCCUCAAAGCUCGGCUUCCGUCGUGCUCAUCUACCUAUAGUGUAUCUGAGCUCCACUCUAGAUUGGAAGGGCUUAAAGAUGAACUCUGGAGGAAUAGAGGCUACGACUUAAGAGUCCAGUCCAGGUGCAGCAGCAAGGAGAACAUUCUCAGAGCCAGUCACAGUGCUGUAGAUAUCACCAAGGUGGCUAGAAGACAUCGCAUGUCUCCUUUUCCUCUGACAUCUAUGGACAAAGCCUUCAUUACAGUCCUGGAGAUGACUCCGGUGCUUGGUACAGAAAUCAUCAACUACCGAGAUGGAAUGGGGCGAGUCCUUGCUCAAGAUGUAUAUGCAAAAGACAACCUACCCCCAUUCCCAGCAUCAGUAAAAGAUGGCUAUGCUGUUCGAGCUGCUGAUGGUCCAGGAGAUCGUUUCAUCAUUGGGGAAUCCCAAGCUGGUGAACAGCCAACUCAGACAGUAAUGCCAGGACAAGUGAUGCGGGUUACAACAGGUGCUCCAAUCCCCUGCGGUGCUGAUGCAGUAGUGCAAGUGGAAGAUACUGAACUUAUCAGGGAAUCAGAUGAUGGUACUGAAGAACUUGAAGUGCGAAUUCUGGUGCAGGCUCGGCCAGGCCAAGAUAUCCGACCCAUCGGCCAUGACAUUAAAAGAGGGGAGUGCGUUUUGGCCAAAGGAACCCAUAUGGGCCCUUCAGAGAUUGGUCUCCUUGCAACUGUGGGUGUCACAGAGGUGGAAGUUAAUAAGUUUCCAGUGGUUGCUGUCAUGUCAACAGGGAAUGAGCUGCUAAAUCCUGAAGAUGACCUCUUACCAGGAAAGAUUCGAGACAGCAAUCGGUCAACACUUCUAGCAACAAUUCAGGAACAUGGUUACCCCACAAUCAACCUGGGAAUUGUGGGAGACAACCCAGAUGACUUACUCAAUGCCUUGAAUGAGGGUAUCAGCCGUGCUGAUGUCAUCAUCACCUCAGGAGGUGUAUCGAUGGGAGAAAAGGACUAUCUCAAGCAGGUGCUGGACAUUGAUCUUCAUGCUCAGAUCCAUUUUGGCAGGGUUUUUAUGAAGCCAGGCUUGCCAACAACAUUUGCGACUUUGGAUAUUGACGGUGUAAGAAAAAUUAUUUUUGCACUACCAGGAAAUCCUGUAUCAGCUGUGGUCACCUGCAACCUCUUUGUUGUACCUGCACUGAGAAAGAUGCAGGGUAUCUUGGAUCCUCGGCCAACCAUCAUCAAAGCCAGGUUGUCGUGUGAUGUAAAGCUGGACCCUCGCCCAGAAUACCACCGGUGUAUACUGACUUGGCAUCACCAAGAACCACUGCCCUGGGCCCAGAGUACAGGUAAUCAGAUGAGCAGCCGUCUGAUGAGCAUGCGCAGUGCCAAUGGAUUAUUGAUGCUACCUCCAAAGACAGAGCAGUACGUGGAACUCCACAAGGGCGAGGUGGUCGAUGUCAUGGUCAUUGGACGGCUAUGAUGUUCACCAACAGGAGAAAGCUUUGAUGCAUGUCCACAUAUCAUUGACUGUAUCCUGUAAUAUGCAACGGCACAGCUAGUUUUUCUGAUCUGGAUAAAAGUUGAUCUGUAUAGUCAACAUCUUGAACUAUAUUUCAAAUGAAUUUAAAUACCUUUUAAAGAAAAAAACACACCUAAGAAUAAAUCUUAACAGACAACUCUAUUCUGAUUAUAUCAAAGCAAAAUUUUCCUUUCUUGCCAAUUGCUUUGUGUGUUCAAUGCUAGGUCUGAUAGCGAUAGCUUUUAGUAGACAGCGGUAGGUGCCUGCAGAACUUGUGUUUUCCUCAUCUUUAAAUACAACUACUUAUGCUCUUAAUCAAGGCUGUCUGCUUCUUUAUACUAGUGUAGGCAACACUUGGAUUUCCCUUCUUAGUAUGCUUCACAACUGCUUUACAGAGAGCUUUGGCUUGUUCUUUAUCAUGUAUCUCGUGUUUAUGUGCACCGUGCCAAAAGAGGAGUGACUGCGUGGAGGCCCCGCCCUGCCGCAAGAACCAUCCCUGCCGAGCACCCAGGGAAGUUCUCACCCUAGCAGCCUCAUGGCACAGUACUCGCAGGCAGUAACUGGAUACCUUUUAUUUGAACAAACAAACUGGGGGGAAAAUGCUUCCUUAAGUGCUGACAGCCUUUUUAACCAACACAUUUAAAAUUGUACAGAACAAAAAUAAAAUCAAAGACUGAUCUUGUACAGAUAUUAGUGUUACCAGCAUUCAAGUGGAAAUCAAGAGCAAAAACAAAAUAAUGUUAAACAACUCUGUACCAUAACAUUUUCUGUAAUGAUACUAAAACUUAAUGAAUAAAAAAAAAAUCCUUGAUCAUUA